AUGAAUUAAGAAUAACAAAGGAAAUUAUAUUGGCAUCAUUUUAUUGCUGGCUUAGUUGGAGGAUUCAUCAGCGUAACCGUAUGCCACCCUUUGGAAGUAGCCAGGAGCAGAUUAAACCUCUAAAAUGCUACCAAAUCAAUGAAUAAAUAUCACGGCUUCAUUGACACUCUUUGUGUUAUCUAUAAAGAGGAAGGUCUUGCCGGUUACUACAAAGGUAAAAAGUGCAGUCAUUAAAAAGGCUAUCGAGCUACAGCAGUCGCCAAUCCCAUAUCUCAUUCGCUCUUCUUUCCCCUCUAUAAAUGGAACAAGGAAACCUUGGAAUUCCAAUAUGGAAUCUCUGGUUUCUAGAAUCAUCUCUUGGCAACCAUAAUCACGGGGUUUGUUUGUGAUUUAAUUACUAAUCCUUUAUGGUUAAUCAGAACUAGAAUGUAAACAUAAUACUUGCAUGAUCACAGUCAUCCAAAAUAUACAUCUGUUUUCAGGGGAUUAGUCACUUUGUAUAGAGAAGAAGGCUUCCUUGCUUUGUACAAAGGUCUUGGAGCCACUGUGUUGGGUCUAUCUCACGUCGCAGUCUAAUUUCCAAUAUACGAGAGCUUGAAAUAAAAUUACACCGACAAGAAUGGUUAGCUUUUGCCUGUUGAUAUUCUCAAAGCCUCAAUAUUGUCAAAAUCAAUCGCAGUCUUAGUAACUUAUCCUCAUGUAGUUAUACGAACUAGAUUACAUGAUAAUAAAACAGUUUAUAAGAGUGGCCUCAGAUCAAGAGUUAGAAUUAUUGAUAUUUGUAGAGUUAUAUAUGAAUAAGAUUCUAUUGGAGGAUUCUAUAAAGGAUUAAUACCUGAUUUAAUAAGGGUAUUACCUACAAAUAGCAUAACAUUUCUUGUUUAUGAACUCUUCAGUUAAUACUUAGGAAAGCAUUUUUGA